GUUGUCGGCGGUAGGAGCUUGAAAAUCAACCCAACACGCCCGAGUAGGCGCCGGGAAUUUUCCAAUGCCGCGCUUAUUAUCUACUAUCCUGAGCCUACGGCGGGAUCCCCGGAUCCUCAAGCUCCCACCUUACCUCUCGGUGCUGUGCAUAGUCGUCGGCAUCGUGUCCCUACUGCUUCUUCCUCUCGAUAACUUCACGAGGAGGACUUACAUAUCGGAAAAUGCACUCCUCCCAGGCCAGGUGCACACGUACUUUGCCGGUAGCGAUCAGAAUGUCUUUCGGGCUUAUAAACACGAGGUCAACAGCCUGGUUGGCAAGAGCAACGUCGAGAUCAACGACAAGCUCGAGAGCAUCCUCAAAGGCGUAGGGCUCAAGGUUGGCCGCCAGAACUUCACCUACUCGUCAUCCGGAAUCCAGCACAACGGCGAGAACAUCUACGCAAUCCUCCAGGCGCCCCGCGGCGAUGCGACCGAGGCCAUCGUGCUCGUGACGGCCUGGCGCAACCCCAAGGGCGAGCUGAACCGAAACGGCGUGGCCCUGGCCCUGACGUUGGCGCGCUACUUCCGGCGCUGGUCCCUCUGGUCCAAGGACAUCAUCUUUUUGCUGCCGCCGGACUCGCUGGCUGGGCCCCAGGCCUGGGUCGACGCCUACCACGACGCGCACGACCCGCGCAAGGUGGCGGCGCUCCCUCUCAAGUCGGGUGCUCUGCAGGGCGCGCUGGCGCUCGACUACACCCGUGAGGACCGCUACGAGAGCGUGCAUCUCGUCUAUGACGGCGUCAACGGCCAGCUGCCGAACCUGGACCUGUUCAACAGCCUCGUGCACGUCGCCGGUGGCCAAAUGGGCAUGGGCGUCUCGAUCCAGGACAUGUGGCACCACCGCAACGAUUACCGCGACCGGCUGCGCACCAUGCUGCGUGGCAUGCUGCGUCAGGGCCUUGGAGCAGGCACGGGCGCACACUCGUGCUUCAUGCCGUACCACGUCGAUGCCGUCACGCUGGUUCCGUACGGCGACGGCUGGCAGGACGAGAUGGCCCUGGGCCGCGUUGUCGAGGGUACCUUUCGCAGUCUCAAUAACUUGCUUGAGCAUCUUCACCAGAGCUUCUUCUUUUACCUGCUCAUGCACAAGGAGCAUUUUGUCAGCAUCGGCACAUACCUGCCCAGCGCCAUGUUACUGGGCGCGAAUUUUACCAUCAUGUCCAUCCUGAUGUGGUUCAAGAGCGGGCAGCCCGAGGAGGAGGAGGAGCCCAAGGGUCAGGUGACUGCUGCUAAAACUGGAGUUUCCGUGGCAUCGGAACCUCUGCAGGUUGUUGAGCGUGAGCUUUUGGUUCCGCUGUCGGUGAUAGGCACUUGCCUGUUCCUUGGCGCUGUGCCUCUAUACAUUUUUAACCACCUCUCUGCAGGUCUUUUAUAUCCGUCCUUCAUCGCCUUCUCGAUAAUCAACAUCUUCCUACCGCCCAUUGCCUCGCAGCUCCUAGAGACGCUCUACCGGCCCACGACGCAGCAGUACCAGCUCAUCAAGUGCUUCUACCUCCUGGUCCUAGGCAUGUUCAUCUCAUCCCUCGCCAUCCUCAACUUCUCCCUCGCCUUCUGGAUCGGCCUCGUCGCCACCCCCCUGACCUUCACCCGACCCUUCCCGACCUCGCCCGCCCUCCGCUGGGCCUACGUCGCCCUGCUCAACGUCGCCUCCCCGCCCGCCGUCUUUGCCGUCGCCUGCGCCGCCUGGCGUCUGGACGUUGCCGAAGUUCUGCAGGCCGCCGCUUUUGGCUGGGAUGUUUGGGGCAUGUACACCGCCGUCGUGGUCUGGUGCGUCUGGUGGCCCGCGUGGCUUGCCGGUUCGCUCGUCGUGCUUGGGAGGCCCGCUGCAAAGGUCAAGACUGCCUAGAACUGUGGGAGGAGCUUUAUCUUCCAUUGAAAUGACGGUUUCUUUCCUAUGCUAGAUGACAAACAAGAACAAGGUGUGGAUGUGCCCGGUUGUGAUGCCUGUCUUGGUGUACUCAUGAUAUGAUCCUAGGCAGCUAGAAUCUUGCUACGAUAGAUUUUUCACCUGGUUCAUGUGUCCGUGUGUGUGUUCAAGUAGUGACAUGGAGAAUGUGAAUAUGCGUGGAGUACAA